UCCAGACUAGAAGCGUCGAUCGAGAAAGAACACGAAAAUUUGUAAACAGUGCAGAAAUUUUAGACGAUUUGCGCUUAAUCUGCUCGCUGUGGGCUUUCAAUCGCCAUCCUAAAAUCUCCUUCAUCCUAUAGCAACUAUUGGAAAACAACGGUUGAGCGUUUUUGGUUACUGCGAUUUAUUCAUCAAAUAGCCCAAAUAUGCCGGCUUUCUUGAAGUACAUCGCAGUGGACAACUUCAAAUCCUAUCGGGGCUACCAGAAAAUCGGCCCUUUGAAGCCUUUCACGGCAGUCAUUGGGCCCAAUGGAUCAGGCAAAUCAAAUUUCAUGGACGCUAUCAGUUUCGUCAUGGGAGAGAAAACGUCAAGUCUCCGUGUGAAAAGAUUGAACGAGUUGAUCCACGGAGCUUCUGUGGGCAAACCAGUGUCUAGAUCUGCUUCAGUGACGGCAAUUUUUGAGCUAGAAGAUGGCACUGAGAAAAGCUUCACCAGAAUUGUGCUUGGUUCUUCAUCUGAACAUCGUAUUAAUGAAGAAACCGUUAGUAGUCAGAACUACCUUGCUGAACUUGAGAGACUGGGAAUCAAUACCAAGGCAAAGAAUUUCUUGGUAUUCCAGGGUGCUGUUGAGUCGAUUGCCAUGAAAAAUCCUAAGGAGCGAACUGCCCUGUUUGAAGAAAUCAGCGGUUCUGGAGCUUUGAAAGAAGAGUACGAUCGUUUGAAAAUUGAAGUAUCCCAAGCCGAAGCUGACACCCAACACACGUACAACAAGAAGCGAAAUAUUGCCAUGGAGAGAAAAGAGGCCAAGAUGGAAAAGGAAGAAGCUGAGAAAUAUCAGCGCCUCAAGGAUGAAUUGGCUGAGAAACAAGUUGAGUUGGCCCUGUUUCGUCUCUACCACAAUGAAAAGGACAUUGGCGAAAUAACUGGUGAUCUUGAAAGUCAACAGCAAGUUGUGCAGAGAAUAGAACAGUCAAAGGAGUCGAAGGAAGAAGAGCUGAAAGAAAAGAAAAAGGAACAAGGCAAAAUUGGCCGUGAGAUGGCCAAAAUUGAACAGGAGAUCAGAGAGAUUGAAACUGAGAUAAACAAAAAGAGGCCAACCUUCAUCAAAGCCAAGGAAAAAGUUGCUCACCACCAAAAGAAAUUGGAAACGGCUCGCAAGUCAAUGGCACAAGCUAAGAAAGCCUAUGAUGCCCACAUGGAGGACAUUGCAGAGCUCGAACGAGAGUUAGCCGAGGUGGAGAAGAAGAGGCUCGACUAUGAAGAGACUAUAGCUGGAGAGUCUCAGCAGCAAGGCAAAGAGCUGAAUUUGGAGGAUGAGCAAAUGAAUCAGUACCACCGACUGAAAGAGGAGGCAGGAAGACAGUCAGCUUUGCACCUCCAGGAAUUGGACUCGGUCAACAGGGAGCAGAAGUCUGACCAGGACAGGUUGGACAACGAGUACAGACGCAAGACGGAAAUCGAAAACCGUCUCAAGCAAAAGGGCCACGAGAAAGAGGAAGCACAAAAGCGAAUUGAAAAACUGGGCGAGCACAUUCGGUCCAGCGAAUCUGCCCUUGAGGAGCAACGACGCCUGCGAAGAGAACUGGAAAGUGAUGUUGGAUCAAGCAAAGACAAGGUCACCAAUUUGCAGAAGGAGCUGGAAAAUGUGGCUGAGCAACUCGGAGAUGCGCGAGUGGACAAACACGAGGAGGCCAGACGUAAAAAGAAACAGGAAAUUGUCGAGAACUUCAAGCGUCUUUACCCAGGAGUGUUUGACCGCAUGAUCAACAUGUGCCAGCCCAUACACAAAAGGUACAAUAUGUGUGUGACCAAGGUCCUGGGCAAGUUUAUGGAGGCCAUUGUUGUCGACACAGAAAAUACUGCCAGACAGUGCAUUCAAUACCUCAAAGAGCAAAUGCUGGAGCCUGAAACUUUCCUUCCCCUUGACUACAUCCAGGCUAAAAGCUUGAAGGAAAGACUGAGGAAUAUUCGAGAGCCAAAAAAUGUCAAACUGCUUUAUGAUGUCCUUCAGUACGACCCUCCUGACAUUAAGCGAGCAGUUCUCUUUGCCACUAACAAUGCUCUGGUUUGUGAAUCCCCAGAAGACGCCAUGAAGGUUGCCUAUGAAAUGCAAGAUAGUCAGAGAUAUGACGCUGUUGCUCUUGAUGGUACUUUUUACCAGAAGUCAGGCAUCAUUAGUGGAGGUUCUUUGGACUUGGCAAGGAAGGCCAAGCGGUGGGAUGAGAAGCACUUGUCCAACCUGAAGUCGCAGAAGGAGCAACUCACAGAAGAGCUGAGAGAAGCCAUGAAGAAGUCUAGAAAGGAGAGUGAAUUGAAUACGGUUGAGUCUCAGAUCAAGGGUCUUGAAACGCGCUUGAAAUACUCUAAGAACGAUUUGGAUAAUACUACAAGACAAAUCCAAGUGGUGCAGCAAGAGGUCAAGCAGCUAAAGCAGACUUUGAAUGACUUUGAGCCAAACAUCACCAGCAUCGAGGACAGAAUGCGUAAAAGAGACGCUGAGAUUGAGAAGAUCAAAGAGAACAUGAACAAUGUUGAGGAUGUUGUCUUCAGGGAAUUCUGUGUGCAGAUUGGUGUCAAGAAUAUUCGCCAGUAUGAAGAAAGGGAACUGAGAACUCAGCAGGAGCGUGCAAAGAAACGCCUUGAGUUUGAGAAUCAGAAAAACAGAAUCCAAAACCAGCUUGCAUUUGAAAGGACAAGGGAAACUGAAAACAACAUGCGGCGCUGGGAAAGAGCUGUCCAAGAUGAUGAAGAUGCACUUGAAAAAGCACGCAGAGCAGAAAGCCUUCAACUCGCUGAGAUAGACAAGGACAUGAAGGAGAUGGACAAACUGAAGAAUGAAAGGCUUAACAAGAAAGUUGAGUAUGAUCGUCUUGAAGAAGAGAUUGGAAAGAUGCGGCGAGAAGUUGGAUCUGUUGCAAAAGAAAUUCUUGCCGCCCAGAAACAGUGUUCCAUUCUCGAGUCAAAGAUUGAGCAAAAGAAAGGCGAGCGUCACAGCAUCCUUACCCAGUGCAAGAUGGAGGAUAUAUUGAUACCAAUGCUGAGAGGAAACAUGGAGGACAUAGGAGGGCCUGAGGCUUCAGGAUCACAGGACGAUGGCCAAGGAGAUGGUCCCUCGACCUCUCAACAAUCAUAUGACAGAGAAAGCAGGAUAAGAAUUGAUUAUGAAUCGCUGAGAUCUCAAUUAAAGGACCUGGAUGACCCUGACGACAAAAAGAAAAUUGAAAGCAAUUUGAGCAAGAAGCUCAAUGAGUGCAUUUCCAACAUCCAGAAAAUCAAUGCUCCCAACCUGAAGGCAAUGCAAAAGCUCGAUAUGGCCAGAGAAAAGUUGCAAGAAACGGAUAAAGAGUUUGAAAAUGUGCGCAAGAAGGCACGUAAAACUAAGCAGACAUUUGAGAGGGUCAAAGCCGAACGUUACAAACGCUUCAUGGACUGCUUCCAGCUUGUGUCCGACAGGAUUGAUGGCAUUUACAAGAGCUUGGCUCAGAACCAGUCGGCCCAGGCAUUCUUAGGACCAGAAAACCCUGAAGAGCCCUACCUUGAUGGCAUCAACUACAAUUGUGUGGCACCUGGCAAAAGAUUCCAGCCCAUGUCUAACCUGAGUGGUGGUGAAAAAACUGUUGCGGCGUUGGCCCUCCUUUUUGCCAUCCACAGCUAUCAGCCUGCCCCAUUCUUUGUUCUGGACGAGAUUGACGCUGCCCUGGAUAACACCAACAUCUCCAAAGUAGCUACGUACAUUGUUGAAAAGACCAAUUCUCUGCAAACAAUCGUCAUUUCUUUGAAAGAAGAGUUUUACUCCCAUGCCAAUGCCCUAAUUGGAAUCUGCCCUGACAUUGACGACGGUGUGUUGGUGAGUCAAGUGCUGACUUUAGACCUAACAGAGUACUAUGAGCACAAGGAGAUGUAAAGAUAAAACACCGAGAAACAACAGAGAAUUCUUUAGAUAUAUAAAAUUUUAUCCUUUUAUAGUUUGUGUUCUAAAAUUGACUUCAAUUACCUAGAUUCUUUUAUUCAUUGUAAUACAUUGGUCUUAUUGUAAUAAUAAAUAAUGGUAUACUAUUAUAAGCAGA